AUGGUGUAUUUCUAUACUUCACAGCAGGUUGACGGUAUGAGUCCGCAUUGGAUCAUUACAGGAAAGGAUAAGUUUGAAAACGACUUAUUGAUAAAGUACGGGUACAGGGAGUUACGAUACCAAUGGUUUCAUGCCGAUAAGUACUCCAGUGGGCACAUUUAUUUGAAGUUAAAACCUGAUGAGAAGACACUGCAGGAUGUACCUCGAGAAGUACUUCAGGACUGUUUGCAAUUGUGUAAGUCAGAAUCCAUUCAGGGAAACAAGCUGCCGCAGUGUACUAUUUUAUCCACGCCAUGGCAUAAUCUGCGGAAAAGCGGGUACAUGAAGCCUGGUGAAGUUUCCUAUAAGUCAACGAAAGCUGUUCGUAAAAUGGACUGUUUUGCUAGAGAUAAUACGAUAUUGAAUAGAUUACAGAAGACAAGAAUUGAAAUUAUUGACGAAAUAGAAUCGCUUUUGCAUGAGGCAAAGAAAUCAAAAGAUCCAGAUUUCUUUGCUAGAUAUAUUGAAAUCAACAGAGAGAGGCUAAUACAAGAGGAAACUCAGAGGAAAGCCUUGAAGAAACAGAAAAAGAAGCUAAAGAAAAAAGAUGAAGGACAAUUAUUUGAGUAUGAAAACAUUGAGGUGUUGUGA